GCCGCCUGCGAGUCCCAUAAAGGGCGGCCGGGCCCGGCGCUGCUCGCCGCGGAGCGGGGUCGCGUUUGUGCCUCUCCGCCGUGGGACGCGCAGGCUCCUCCCGGAGAAAGCCGGAUUCCCCGUCGAGUCGCUGCCAUGGCCUCCGUCCCCUCUGCCGGCUGCCUCCUGGCCAAGAACCAGUACUACAGGACAAGACUGAAUUCGGAAUCCAGUGCUUCUUCCAGCUCCUCCUGCUGUUUGGAUGCUGUGAACAUCACAGACCAGGACAAAACAUUGCAUGGGUUACCAGAGUUAAUUGAUAAAUAUUGGUGGAUAAAAAGUUUCUUCCAUAGUGAACCCUCUCCACCAACUGUUAGCAGAAAAACACUCUCAGCAAGCAGUACCAACAGUUGAAAAGGACAGCGUGAUGGCUUUUCUGACUGAGAUGCUACGUACAGACUUGUUUUUCCAAGAGGCUUGGGGUCUUCCUAAUGUCUGAGUUCAGCUGCAAGAAGAAAACAAAACCUUUACGAGAGUCGAAAAGUGUAUUUUCAAAAUAUUUGUCAGUAGCUAAAAUGAUACUGCUUAAUGGACAUAUCCAUGGGUUGGGUUACCAUGUGUUUUUUCCAGAUUUGCCAUAAUUUGUGAUGUCUCUCUAAGGGAAGUUUGCAGGAGUAAACAUCCUGAUGACUUACUUCAAUAAUUAGAGAAAUGUGACAGUAAAACUAAGACGUUAUAGGUGUAGGAGGAAGAUGUGUAUUGAAUAACUUUGCAAUAGGUGAUUCAGCUAAGUUGCCUUCAAGAUACCAGCUGUAUAGGCAGUCAUGCUGUUGUGAACAAGAAUCAGAUCUAUAAUCCAGAUCAGGACUGCUGCGUGGUACAUGGCUUUUAUGCAGAAUUUGUGCACCAGUUGCAGGGUGUAAGUUUACAAGAAUGCUUGUCAAUAGCUUUUCUUUUAGAAAGCCCAAUUAUAUGAGCAAGCAAUAAUCAGUUUGGUUUCUUCGAUCAAGCAGAGUGCAUGAUCCCCACUUCAAAUACUCAGGUAUCACUUUCAUUCCUACCUAUGCAAGCUGGUGUUUGAGGACAGAAUAGAAGAGAUGCACAAGAAACCAGUAAUCCUGAUGGAAACUGAUCUCUUCCAAGGAGAAGAGCAACCUUAAUAAGAGUUGAUACUGCUAGUUCAUUUUAGAUUUCUUCUGCCUGCUUUGUUCAGGGCUUAAAUAUCUACUUGUUCCUAAGUGACGAAUUCUAUCAAUAUUCCGCUCUCUGUCAGAUUAGUUAUGAGGGCUAGAUCUGGCGAAGGAUUCCACUCAAAGAAAUCACAUUGUUGUUAUCCAAGUGUACCUUUGUCAUGCUCUUGAGAGGUACUAGAACAUUGCAGUGAUGAUGACUAAAUGACCUAAUUAGUGCCAUGAUUAUUUAUUCUACUGGGCAUGACUGAAAUGCAUCAAGGAUUAUGGAAAAUAAGUAUUUGGUUGGAUGAUACUAUUUGUGACAACUAUGCAACUUUUUGAUAUGCUAUCAUUAAACCUGCUGGAUAGUUGUCCAUCACUGGAUGAACAAACAGUAGCAAACAUUAAUGUAGCCGACAUAUUUUUAUUGUAGGUUAAUGGUUGUCAUGGUUAUGCAUAACCCCAAGGUGUAUCCAGUGGCUGCUUCGGGGAGUUUUCACUCUUGGUGGAGGCAAUAAAUGCAUGGCAGAUGACAACAGAAAAGAGCACAAUUCUGAAAACUUGAUUUCAAGGGUCUUUAAAUUGACUUAUGUCUUUCUUUACUCCUAUUGUGUAGUUUCACCAGACAAAGGUCUGUUCUCUAAGUGUACAGAAUGACCUUUUUUUAUACUAAGAUUUUUUUUAUUAAUAAAGAAUUAAUCAAUG